CUUCUUCAGAACUGUUCCUUUGUACGCAAUAACCCGCCGGGGGAACUACAAUUCCCAGGGGCCCUGGCGCCGGUUACCGUGGCGACCACGGUCGCCGCCGCCAUCUUCUGAGACCGCACGGUUGCCGGAGCAACAGGUGCCGCCGAAGAAGACCCGGUGUGAGGAAUUGAGGAAAGCAACCAUCCUUCAAAAGUUUAAUAUAGUGAGAAGCCGCUGAUCAGAAGAUGGGUCAGGAUUACUACACUGUCCUGGGCAUUAUUAGGAAUGCAACGAACGCUGAUAUUAAGAAAGCGUACCGUAAAUUGGCCCUAAAAUACCAUCCAGACAAAAGUACGGAUCCAUGUGCAGAAGAAAAGUUCUUACAAAUUGCAGAAGCAUAUGAUGUUCUAAGUGAUUUAAAAAAGAAAGCGACCUAUGAUAAAUUUGGUGAGGAGGGAUUGAAAGGAGGGAUUCCCAUUGAAUUCAGUGAAACUGGUGCUUGGACAACUGGAUAUACCUUUCAUGGAAAUGCCAACAAAAUCUUCAGGGACUUCUUCGGUGGAGAUAAUCCGUUUGCAGAUUUUUUUGAUUCAGAUGGAGACAUAAAUUUGGGAUUUGGAGGGCUACAAGGCCGAGGAGUUAAGAAACAAGAUCCCCCUAUUGAAAAGGAUCUAUAUUUGUCUUUAGAAGAUCUAUAUCACGGAUGCAUGAAGAAGAUCAAAAUCUCACGCAGGGUUAUGAAUGAAGAUGGUCACACUUCAAGCAUUAAAGAUAAAAUCCUGACUAUUCAGGUUAAACAAGGCUGGAAACCAGGAACUAAAAUCAGAUUCCCAAAUGAAGGAGACCAGGGUCCAAAUAACAUUCCAGCAGACAUUAUAUUUACUGUGAAAGAGAAACAGCAUCAGUGGUUCUGUCGACAGGAAAAUGAUCUAAUUUUCUGUGCUCCAAUUUCCUUGGCAAAGGCACUAACAGGUCACACCAUUGAAAUUGAGACACUUGAUAACAGAUUUCUCAGCAUUCCAAUCAAUGAUAUUGUCCAUCCUAAAUAUACCAAAGUAGUCCCAGGAGAAGGAAUGCCUUUAUCCAAGGAUCCAUUACAAAAGGGAAAUCUUGUGAUCCAGUUUAACAUUCACUUUCCAGAAAAGCUCACACCAGCAAAGAAGAAGUUGAUUAAUCAAGCAUUGCAAGUAUGAAGUCAAUAAUGGCAAAAAGGAAGUCAGUCAGUUAUUAAAGGGUCAGGACCAUACAACUAUCUCUCUAUACUCAUGUAUUGUGCGUUAUUGUAUCUGUGACAUACUUAGAUGGUGUGUUUAUGAAUGGGAAUUAUUGAAGGAAACUUUAUUUGUUUUGUUAUUGUGUGUAAAAUUUCCUGUAAGGGUUGCUGAAUUCUGGUGAGCACUAACUGUAAAAGUUGCACAAUUAUAGUGUGCCGAUUCAUGGUCUCCUGUCAAAGAACAACUUGUAUAACAGUAAAAAUAUUUAUUUGGAACUGAACAUAAGAAUUGUGAAUUUAAAAUGUUCAUCUUUCUUUUCAAAUCCUUAACUUUUCUUUCAUAAGUGAUGCCCUCAAAUCCCACAACCUUCCAAGAUAUCUGUUCUCCUCUAAUUCUGGCCUCUUGUAAAUUCCUGAUUUUAAGUUCUCAGGAUCAUUUUUAAAAAUUCACUGGCAUGAUGUAGAUGUUGCUGGCUGCACUAUCAUUUUAUUUCCCAUCCCGAGAUGCCCUUGAGUGGGUGGUGGUGAGUUGCCUUCUUGAACCGCUGCAGUCCCUGUGCUGUAGGUAGACCCACAAUACCAGUAGAAAGGGAGUUCAAAGAUGGCAAACCAAUGACAUUGAAGGAACAGUGAUAUAUUUCCAAAUCAGGAUGGUGAGUAGCUUUGAAGGGUACUUGCAGGUGGUGGUGUUCCUGUGUGUCUACUGCCCUCAUCUUCCUGGAUGGUAAGGCUUGAAGGUUUGGCAGGUGCUGUCUAGGAGCUUUGGCAAAUUUCUGCAGUGUAUCUUGUAAAGAGUGCACACUAUUACUACUGAGCAUUGGUGGUGGAGGGAGUGGAUGUUCCUCUGACCUGCUUUUUUGGUCACUGCAUUCAUAUGGCAAGAUCAGUUCAGUUUUUAGUCAAUGGUAACCCCAGGAUGUUGAUGUUGGGGGAUUCAGUGAAGACAACACCAUUGAGAGUCGUCGGGGGGUUGGGUAGGCAGAUUCUCUCUUAUAGGAGAUGGUCAUUGCUUGGUAUUUGUGCAGUGCACAUGUUACUCGCCACUUUUCAGCCCAAGCCUGGAAAUUGCCCAGGUCUUACUGAAUUUGGACUGCCUCACUAUCUGAAGAGUUUCAAAUGGUGCUGAACACAGCAACCAUUGGCAAACAUCCCUAUGUGUGACUUUAUGAUGGAGGGAUGGCCAUUGCUGAAGCUACUAAACAUGGCUUAGCCUAGGACACCAUCCUGAGGAACUUCUGGAGAAAUUUCCUGGAGCUGAGAUGACUGACCUCCAACAAUCAGAACAUUCUUCCUAUGUGCCAGGUAUGACUCCAACCAACAGAGAGUUUUGCCACUGACCUGUUGACUCCACUUUUGCUGGGGCUCUUUGACGCCACACUCGGUCAAAUUGUGAUCAUACUUUCAAUUGUUUAGGCCACAAUAUUUAUAUUUUCAACUCACUUGCCUCCGUUAGGACAUACUCUCCAUAAAAACUACCUCUUUGACCAAGAGUUUGUUCAUCUAACUUAAAUCUCCUCUCAUAGUUCAGUAUUAUACUUUGAUUUGUAAUGCUUUGUGAAGCCCCUUGCACCUUUGUAUUAUAUGA